AUGGCCACGCGACGCAGGCACUGGGCGGAGCGGCUCCUCGCUGCGCCCGCCCGUUUCGGCGACCAAGGCCACGUGGCCUGCGCCGACGACCUCCCUGACCUCGCCGAAGCCGAGGUCUGGUCCUCCUUCCUCGCGCCCGCCCACGAGGCGGAGGACGCCGACGGCCGCAACGACCCGGAUCACGCCAGCACCCGUCCCUGGGGGCACCGACAGGUGGGCGGCCUCUCCCUGGCCUUCGAGGGCGCGUACCGGGGGGCGGCGCCCUCCCAACGGCCGCAGGUGAGGCACCCGGCGUUGGCAGCGUCGGCGCCCGUGGACGUGCCGGCCUGGCCUCGGUCGCUUCGUGCCUGCUCGGGCGGGCCGGCCCCGGAGCGGGAGGGGGAGGGGGAGGGGGAGGGGGAGGGGGAGGACGCUGACGAGUGGCUGCCGCCGCACGAGUACGUGGCGAGGGCGCACGGGAGGAGCAUGGCGACGUCGGUGCUGGAGGGCGCGGGGAGGACGCUAAAGGGCCGAGACAUGAGCCGAGUUCGCGACGCGGUCUGGAGCCAGACGGGCUUCUUCGGUUGA